AAUCGCGUGACGUCAUUCAUGGACGGCCCCUACCGCGGCGCGAUCGUCUACGGCGUUCCGUGAGUCGUCGUCGUUGUGGCCCAACUUGUGGCCCAACUUGUUCCACGCCUCCCUCCGCUGUGAGCCGAGGGCGUUCAAACUGCGGGUUGCAGUCCCAGAUGAGAGGCGGGUUGGGGAGGCCACUUCGCCCCACUUCGCCCUCCAGGAUCGCGCUUCCACGUUCAGUGUUCAUCGACGGCUGUUAAUAAUUGACACUUGUUAACUAAGUGUACGUGAGUUUACUACAUUACCCUUAGCGGCGGCAGCGGCGUGCGUGCGUGCGUGAACGUGUCUUCGUUUAAUGCGGCGCGUGUGGUUGUCAUUGUCGUGACCGAUUGUGUAACGAACGAACCAGCAGAAAGGGGAAGUUCGUGUUGUUUUUGGGGUUUAGUUUCGAAACGCGAGCGUAGCAAGGAGACAUUCUGUGAAGACUGAACAGGCAACGCAUAUACUGUAAGUGACUCCGUGUUGUGUACGUGUCUUUGUGCUUUUUAUUUAUUUAUCCCCGGCCUUUAUAGGUACUUGCUAAGAGCACUUGCCCCAACAGGCUGUACGAGAGAUCUUAGUCCCCUCCCCCCCUCCCCCUUAAUUAAAAACUAAAGCGGCUGCACAUUUGACGUGGAUUUGCCGAGAAGGGGUUAGUAGAGAAUACAGGUGAUGGUAGUAAUACGUCCCGAGUUAAUCAAGACGGGCAAGGAUAGUAAUGAGUCGAGAUUAGUCCAGACAGUUGAGGACGACGAUUGACAAGACGAGUGAAGACGGACGGCAUCGGGCAGGAUUUGAUUGACAGGAUGGAGAGGGGCCGAACAGCUGUGGCAUCGAAUGUAGGAGGGCCGGACGAUAGCACGAGUUCACAUGUGCAGCUGAUGGAGGAGGAGACUGCUGUACUCGUGGAGAACCUGCCUCGUGACCUGGACAAGGUACUCAAGGGGAAACUACAGAAAUAUUUCCAGAGCAAGCGGUCCGGUGGUGGGGAGUGCCAGCUGAUCUCUCACCGGGACUCAAAGCGCAAAGCCAUCGUGAAAUUCACCUCUAAACAAGUACGGGAAAGUGUCUUAGCUAAAGGUGAGCACGUGAUUGAGGUGUCCAGUGAUGAGAAUGUGGAGGUGCACGUCACUGCCUUCACGGCCUCACCAGCAACUCCUGCGGAGCCUGGAGCAUCCAUCAAAGAAAAGUCAGAUGAUGAGGAUUUAUCAACCUCGGCAAAUAACAAAAGUGAACUGAGUGAAAAGACAAAGGAGAACACAUCGAAUAAAUCAACAGAUAAGCCCGAGCAGCCCAAGCAAUUGGAGGAGAAAUUGAAUCCAUAUUUGCUGAAGUUUAUCACAUCGAAUGAAGAGCACAGGUCAGAGCUGGACAGAGCCAUGGAAAAAUCCAGAUGCAAAAUCAAGGCGGUGAAUUUUGACACCAUCUGGUUCUUACCAGAUAAUGAGUCCAUCACAGACCACAAUGAAUGGCAAGGUUCGGUUACAAAGAUGUUUACACAAUUUACCCAGGGUUAUGCUCAUGAAACAAUAACAUGCACAGAAGAAGAAUGGAAGGAGGUAGAAAGAAAGAGUGAGCAAAAAAGGGAUUUAGAAGUUUUGUAUAAGAAUGGCAUACAACUGACUGGGAAAUCUGAUGAAGUAAAAAAAAUAAAACAAAAAAUAGAAGACAUCAUGAGCGAGUUUAAUAAAGGUAGUUUAUUUACGAAUAUUGAACCUCAUUAUUUUGAAUUGCUACAGGAUGACCUCUGCAGGAGGUUUCCAGGUGUACAAUUUCACAUGAAUAACAACAAAUUAUGCUUCAAGGGAGAUUCCACAAAACUUAAUGAUGUGAAUAAAUACAUUGAUGUCAGUUUACAGGACUCCGAUAAAAAGACAUGUAGCUUUGGAAGUUAUCUGAACAACUUUUUGAGAAAAACCAACCUUAGAGCCUUGGUGCAAACGCACUUUACUGGAAAUGAAAUCAAAGCCCUUUGUGAUUUUGAUGAAAAUGAAAUCUACAUUUAUUCACUUCAGGGUCAUGCUGAAAAGGCCCAUGCCAUUUUAAAUGUAAUUUUAAAGGAUCUGCUUUUUCCAGUGACUAAAAAGAAUGGAGCUGUCAUGAAAAGUGAACAGUGGAAUUUUUUCUUUGAAAAACUACAGCAAAAUUAUUCUAAGGGAAAAUAUAGCUGCAUAUUUAGUAUAAUAGAGCACAAAGAUGGGACCAGUAGUGCGAUUAACAUAGCAGGGAUAGCAGAGGCAGUAGAAAAGGCAGAUAAGGACUUGACAAGCUAUUUCAAAGACAACACUGCUGAAGAAAUCAUUCCAUUGCAGAAUGAAGCAUUGUGCAGUUGCAUCAUUGACUACAUGAAGAUUAUCGAUCAUUCUGCAUUAAAAAGUGUUUCUGUCGAAAGGCACGAUUCACUGAUGGAUAUCAUUAUUAUGGGCCACGUUGAAGAGGUAGAGAAACACAAGCAGUCUAUAAAUAAUGUGGUUUCAAAAGUCAACAAAGAACUUCGGAAAAAUGAGAGAGGGAUACCAGAUGAAAAGAGCAUUUCGAUGUUCUUAGAGAAAUACAGAAGGUGUAACUCUCGAUUUUCUACUCAGAAUCAAGAAGAAUUUUCUUCAGUGGCAGGUGCUUCGGAAAGACCAGUUGCAACUCAACAAAGGCCUCCUGUAAGAUUGCCUGGCAAUCGAUUUCUGUUUGUGCAUGAAGAAAACAUUUUAAAUUUGAAUGUAGAUGUGAUCGUAAAUGCAGCAAAUGAAGAUUUAAAACAUUUAGGGGGGCUCGCUAAAGUACUGUCUGAUGCAGGAGGUACAGUCAUUCAGCAGGAGAGUGAUUCUUAUGUCAGAAAGCAUGGAAAAGUGCCUACAGGAGAGUUGGCCAUAACCGGGCCAGGCCACCUGCCAUGUAAGAAGGUAUUUCAUGCUGUCGGACCCGAAUGGGGAGAUUACCGGCGUAAUACACGUCUAGGAAUUAUGCUUCUUGAAAUGGUUAUCAAAAAUGUGUUAGAGAAGGCUGAUGAAGAAGGUUUCAAAUCCAUUGCAAUUCCUGCCAUUAGUGCUGGAAUAUUUGCCUUUCCAUUGGAUAUCUGCACGGAAACAUUUUGCCGUGCUAUUUUUGACUACUGUAAAAGUACCCAGGAUUUGGACAUCGCCCUGACUGAUAUUCACAUCGUGGAUGUUAAUCAUGAAUUUAUUUCUAAAUUUAGAAAAACUAUAGAGCUUACAAUGAAUUGUAGAGACCGAUCAGAAGAGCAGUCAAGUAAUACCCAUGAAAUGCAGGAUGAAGAGGAUGAGGGCCAAAACCAAGAAUGGAAUUUUGGUCAUCAUAGCACUGAAGAUAAAGUCACUGAUUGGGAAAAUUGUAAAGCAAAGGAUGAAUCUUCCUUAAAAAUGGACGACACUGAAAACAACAUGUUUAUCACCCAUGAAGGGAGACAUAUAAAAGUUGUAAUUGGAAAUAUCGAAGACCAACAUACUGAUAUUAUCGUGAAAUCCACAUCUGUUGCGAUGAAGCUCGACAAUGGAGGUGCAGCAUCUGCUGCUCGUCACAAAGCUAGGCCUUCACUCCAGGAUGAACUUGACAGAAAAAAAAAUCACCUUGGUCAUGGAUCCAUCAUAAGCACAGACACCGCACAAUCUCAUCUCUUUUGCAAGAAAGUAUACCAUAUUGCUGUGCAACCUGAUGAAAAAAACAAAUCGCAGUAUGUGCAUACCAUUGUAUUGGACUGCCUGAAGAAAGCUCACAAAGCCAAAGAGACAUCCAUCUCCUUCCCAGCCCUGGGCACUGGGAUUUUAAACUGCCCACCACAGCAGGUUGCUCGUGCCAUGCUGUCAGCUGCCAUCCAGUUCAGCAACCAGCAUAAAGACGACAUUCUUCAGCUCAUUCAGUUUGUGAUCUUAAGGUCAAAACCAGACAUACACAAAGCUUUUCAAAACGAAAUAUCGAGUGCCAUAUCGAAGACUUACUCCGAAGGCACAGCGCCCAGCCGUAAGCACGAAGAAAGGUUUCAGACUGGCGCAGAGCAUAAUAAGAAACUAUUUAAAAUACAGGGAAUUACUGUCGAGCUGUGCUGUGGGGAUAUCACUCAAGAGAAGACGGACGCCAUUGUCAACUCCACAGACGCUCGGAUGAGUAUGACCUCAGGAAUUUCCAAUGCUAUCCUUAAGGCUGCUGGACAAACGAUUAAAGAUGAAUUCUUAAAAGAAGAUCCCUCCUAUGGAGACAUUGUUGUGACCAACGCAGGCCGUUUGAAAUGCAAACAUAUCGUGCACAUUGCAGGACUUAAUGUAACUAUUGAAAACAUUUGUGAAAGAAUACUAAAGGAAUGCCAGUUGAGAAAAAUUAAAUCGGUGUCUUUUCCAGCUAUUGGUACAGGUUUGGGGAACAGAAGCCAUCAACAAGUCGCUCUCAACAUGGUGAAUGGAAUUCACUUGUUUGCAGGAAGUUACGCAGAGCCAACUGUGACGAACAUCCGUUUUGUAUUCAUUAAUAAGGAGCUUCUGAACAUCUUCCAAGACGUCUUGAAUGGAAAGUUUUAGUUUCAAACAUCCCAGUUCUUUGCACCUGACACUUAUGUAGUUGUGUUGUUUGCCGUCUUAGAGUGCAAAUAAUGUUAUGUUUUCAUCAGGAAAAUAAUAUAAAAUAACUUGGUUCCCUUUGGGGUUUUAUUCACGUAUUUGCAUACCUAUAUAUAAUGCAAAAUGAACAUAUGGUGAUAUUUUAUUUUAAUGGUUUGUAUAGUAAUGGGGUCAGCAACGAAAAUUACAAUGAGCCAUUUUUUUCCAAGUCGGUAAACCUGAAUAUUUCAAGUGCCCCAAUGCAUGUAAAUACGAGACCGUGGUCCUUUAUAGAUAGCGUCACAAAGCAGUCAUUAAAGAGGCAAUUGGCAAUCAUUAAAAGAGUACGAUUGAGAAGACCUGCUGGAAUUUGAAAGCCGCUGCAUCAUGGGUACGUUGGAGCUGCGGAUAAUGUGAUAAGCAAUGCCUGUCCGUGCCUGCAAAAAAUGCCCAUUGUUUAUCGGGACAGCGAAGAUGUGUGAACUGUAAAGUUGGUUCCGGGGGAAGUUAGGAAUUGGAUAAAUGAGCCAUCACCGGCAAUCUCAUUAAACUCUUCCAACCAGACAGCAACGCCCAGCCAAUGUUUAUCAGAAAACUUGGUCGCAUCACUGGCCUCGUAAAUAAUUGCAGCAUAACCAGAUCAAAGCCCACACUCACAAAUUUACAUGAAAUUCGAAUUUAUAAACUGGCGUUAUUCCCCAUAAUAAAAGUAAAUAAAUCCAAAAUAUUUUUUACAUCCCUUCCCCCAAAUGACAAAGGUCUAUAUCCCCCUUUGUCAAGUGAGAUGCAAUCUGUGAAUGCAUUAAUGGUUUUGAAUCCUGCGUGUGUAUUGCCAUUAUCGCCUUAACAUGGAAAAGUAAUGCGUGCAAGUAAACUGCUGCAUAUGUCGAGUUUUAUGUUUUAAAGAGCCCCAGGGAGAUUCAUUAGAGGGAGUGGGAAGCAUGGAGAGGGAUGAGGUUAUGGUUUGGAGCACUGUUGGCUAGAGAAUCUGUGGAGCUGAUGGAUUAGUGAACUCGAGGUGAACGGUUUAUUAAUCCCACAACCCAACCACAGCAGUGCAAAAGUUUAAUGGUGCACCGUAAUCAUCUGUGCAACCAACAUAGGUGCAAUAGCAGUGCUUGGUGUAAAUCACAGGGAGAAAUUGCAUCACUCAAAAUCGUUCACACCUUGGUGAUGACAUCCAUCCAAUACAAUACUAGCCGGUCUGAGUUGCUGUAUAUGCUCAUAAGAUGUUUAUUCAUGAUAAUGCAGUUUAACUUGUUUAAGCAACAAACUUUUAAAUAAACAUUUGCUCUUUAA